ACCCAAAAUGGAGCCCGUUCUUCCUUGUUCCACUGUAGACUAGAAGGGCUGGGCUCAACUCGAAUGGGGGACGGGUGGGUUUACUGAAAUAAAUCGGCCACCUCCGGCUCCAAAUCCACUUCUGUUACAAAUCGCAGACUGCAGCCGGAGUCGUAGAAGCAGACAAGUUAUGUUUGUCGUCAAGGUCGGCCUUACACGGGGACUAUGUGGCCGUAAUGCUAAUGUUGCUGUGCGGUAACUGCCCGGGUUUCAACAGUGCUAGUUUUUGUGGUAUGGUCCGGUUGGGACUGAGAACCUGCGGGGUUAAAAUAGGGGGGGAAUUGAAUUUAUUAUUGAUUAUACCAAGUAAAUUUCUGAAGGAGUUCGCCGAGUGGUGGUUUUAAGCGUGUGUUUUGAGCGGACAUGCGGCGGUACACACUCGGUUUUUCCGGCGGCCUCUUGAACAAACGUUGGCCGCCUUUUCGCCUCGUACCCCCGCUGAGAGUCCUGUGCGACCGCUCUGAAUGUGAACUGACAUGCUGCUUUAUUUUGGCGUGCUUGCCCUGUCAGCUCCUACAGAAACAGUGUCCGACCUGCCAAUAAAUCCCAGUUUCAGAUGGCUCCCUGGCUUAAAUUCAGUUCCAUUAGGCUGUGAUAUGGCUGCCAUACCGCCUCAUUGUUCUAAUAGCUUUUUAGCUCCACCACACACAGCUCUGGUCCAUCAUAAGAAUGACAAAACACAAUGACAACACAGGCUCUCACACAUACAGCCAUCCAUGCUUCUGCACUAACACAACAUCUGAAUGGAACUGCACGAUACCUUCAGAUUACACACACUAAUUUAGUCCCUAUUUGACACCAUCACCUGCUUUUAUCAGUAUAUGCUGCAUUCCUGCCGUACAAACCAACCCCAUCCUUGUGUCUGUGUGUGUUCCAGGCAUCCCUGGCUGUCUCAGGAGUGCAGUGAUAGGUGACGUGGCUGGUGACAGGCCUGGGACUGUGCUGCCAUGGAGACCAAGCAGGAACCCUCCACUGUGUGGAGUCAGACCGCCAACACCGAUUCAGGCAACGCCACACAGGUGCAUUUUGAAGGCGGCACAGUGGCCCAGAUAGUGUACAGUGGAGAUCAGGCGGACCGAGGGCAGCAGCAGGUGGUUUAUACAGCAGACGGCAGCUCCUACACCUCUGUGGAAUCUGCUGAGCAUACACUGGUCUACAUCCACCCUGCAGAUGGCACACAGACUGUAUUUGCUGAUCAGCCACAAGUGGCCUACAUUCAACAGGACGGUACAACGCAGCAGGUCACAGUUUUGCUGCCGAGUGGACAGAACAUGAAUGCUGCCAACCUGCAUGUUCUCAGUAACGUAGCAGAUGCUCCUCAGGCUAUCCUGGAACCUGUUUCACAGGAGCAGCUGUCAGUAUCCAACUCCCUCACCUCCAUGGCGGACAUGGCUGAAGCCCCCUCCAGUCCCCUGGGGGCCACAGACUCUACUGACGACUCCGACGAAGAAGAAGAGGACGACUCAGAGGUGGACGACUGGGAACCUCGACAGCCUCAGUCCUUCAACCCUCACAGUCUCUGGUGUGAGGAGUGUAACGCCUCCAACCCUUCAGUAUGUCUGGAUCAUGGGACUCUGCACCCCAUCCCCAACCGGCCGGUGAUGUCCAAGGCCCGGGCCAGCCUUCCUCUGGUCCUGUACAUCGACCGCUUCCUGGGCGGAGUUUUCUCCAAGAGACGUAUUCCGAAGCGGACCCAGUUCGGGCCUGUGGAGGGGCCGCUGGUUCCUCAGACUGAACUGCACGACCACUACAUUCACCUGAAACUGUACAUGCUGGACGCAGAGAAGGAUGCAGAGAAGUCCAACGAUAUGUGGUACGACCUGUCGGAUGAGGACAGCUGUAACUGGAUGAUGUUUGUGCGGCCAGCGCAGAACCACCUGGAACAGAACCUAGUGGCCUAUCAGUACGGCUCAGAGAUAUUUUACACCACCAUCAAGAACAUCCAGCCCAAACAGGAGCUAAAGGUUUGGUAUGCAGCAUCAUAUGCAGAGUUUGUGAAUCAGAAGAUCCACAGUGUUACAGAAGAAGAGAGGAAAGUGCUGAGGGAACAAGAGAAGAACUGGCCUUGUUAUGAGUGUAACCGUCGCUUUGUGAGCUCGGAGCAGCUGCAGCAACAUCUCAACAUGCACGACGACAAAUUAAACUCAGUUAGCAGAUCCAGAAGUCGGGGUCGAGGAAGAGGCAGGAAGAGGUUUGGGACAGGAAGGAGACCGGGACGUCCUCCGAAAUUUAUACGUCUGGAUCCACCAGUAGAUUCUGCUGGAGAGAAGACAACAGAGAUGCUGGAGCUGACGGGGAAGCAGGCGCUGGAGGAUCGAGUAGAAGGAGCUCAGAACGGCCUGAAGGUGGUAGAACUGGAACCAGAAGCAGAACCCGGGGCUGACGCAGAGGGUCCGCCCAUACCCUCAGCAGGGGAACCAGUCCCAGAACCCACGACCCCGCUCCCCAGCACAGACCUGCCUGUUACGCUGAAGGAGGACCCUGCACAGAGCAGCGAAUCAGACGCCCACCUCACAUCUCAGGACAUGCGCCGCGCAAAGAGGAUACGGAUGGAUGUGCAGAACGCAGCCCUUCAGCACCUGUUCAUCAGGAAGAGUUUCCGUCCUUUUAAAUGCACACACUGUGGUAAAGCCUUCCGCGACAAAGACAAGCUGGAUCAGCACCUGCGGGUCCACGGUCGGGAAGCCUACGCCUUCUCCUGCCACAUCUGCAGCAAGAGCUUCAUGAGCGACUCGGCUCUGGAGGACCAUCUGCUGGUGCACACCGAGAACCGCUCCUACUCCUGUCUCUUGUGCCAGGAAACCUUUGAAAGGCAGGACCUGCUCAAAGACCAUGUAGGGGUGCACGCGGUGGACGGAUGCUUUACCUGCCCCUCCUGCAAAAAGACGUUUACAGACUUCAUCCAGGUGAAGAAGCACAUUCGCUGCUUCCAUUCAGAAAAGAUCUUUCAGUGUCCAGACUGUGAAAAGGCGUUCUGCAGACCAGACAAGCUGCGUUUGCACAUGUUACGCCACUCUGACCGCAAGGACUUCCUGUGCUCGACGUGUGGUAAACAAUUCAAGAGGAAAGAUAAGCUGCGUGAGCACAUGCAGCGAAUGCACAACCCUGACAGAGAGGCCAAGAAGGCCGACCGAGUCCACCGAUCCAAAACCCUCAAGAUGAAGGUUCCCACCACCGACUUUGAGAGCUUCAUGUUCAAGUGCAGAGUGUGUAUGAUGGGAUUCAGACGCAGAGGGAUGCUGGUGAAUCAUUUGUCCAAGCGUCACCCAGAGAUGCGUAUUGAUGAUGUGCCUGAGCUAACCCUGCCAAUUAUCAAGCCCAACAGGGACUACUUCUGCCAGUACUGUGAUAAAGUUUAUAAAAGUGCCAGUAAGAGGAAGGCCCACAUACUGAAGAACCAUCCGGGGGCGGAGCUUCCUCCCAGCAUUCGGAAGUUGCGUCCGGCAGCGCCCGGUGAACCCGACCCGAUGCUGAGCACUCACACCCAGCUGACUGGAACCAUCGCCACUGCCCCUGUCUGCUGCCCCCACUGCGCCAAACAGUACAGCAGCAAGACUAAGAUGGUCCAACACAUCAGGAAGAAGCAUCCAGAGUUCGCUCAGCUCGCCAACACCAUCCAGACUCCUCUGACGACGGCGGUGAUCAGCAGCACUCCGGCGGUCAUCAGCGCCGACGGCACCACGGCCGAGGCUGUAGUGACCACAGAUCUGUUGACUCAGGCCAUGACAGAGCUGUCUCAGACUUUGACCACAGACUACCGAACAGCACAGGGUGACUACCAGAGGAUCCAGUACAUCCCAGUAUCCCAGGCUGGAAGCGGACUGGCUCAGCCUCAGCACAUCCAGCUGCAGGUUGUACAGGUGGCUCCGGCCUCGUCUCCACAUUCUCAACACCAGACAGUCGACGUUGGCCAACUUCACGACCCACAUGGAUAUAGUCAACACUCCAUCCAGGUCCAACACAUCCAGGUCGCAGAGAACUCAGGCACCGGACAAGGAGCCACGCAGGUCACUGGUCAGCCUCUGAGCCCCACCUCCCAACAGGCCAAUCAAGAGCUGAGUCCCGCCCAGCUGACCCCGGUGACCUUAGCCCAGAGUCAGACCCUCCAGAGCAGCAGCACCCAGCAGCAACAGCAGCAGCAGCAGCAGCAGCAGGGGACGGUUCAGCACACAUACCUACCAGGGAACUGGAACUACCGGGGCUACUCGUCUGAGAUCCAGAUGAUGGCUCUUCCUCAUGCUCAGUAUGUGAUCGCCGAGGCCAGCACACCUGUAUCUGGAGUUAACAGCAACCAGGUGAAGACGACACACUUCGUCAUCUCCGAGGGUCAGACUGAGCUGGACUCCAAACAGACCGUUCCUCAGAGCUCCACCCAGAGCGAACAUCUGGAGCAGCAGCCAGCCAAUCAGCAGGCCACGACGCAGUACAUCAUCACCACCACCACCAACGGCAGCGGCACUAGCGAAGUCCACAUCACCAAACCCUGAACUGUACACGGACGAGCCCCGAAAACCCAACGCACACGGACCGGCAUACAGUCCACCACAGCUUGUCGUACGCACAGACAUGAACAAAUUCGCACAUGGAUGGAGGCGUUGUACAUAAAGAGAUGAGGAUGAAUAUGAAUACAUGACCAGCACAGUUUUAUGUGUCUGUAAAAUGUUGAGAUAUUACGUUGUUACGAGUGAAGACUUAACGACAGAAGUUUUAAUUUAGAAAAACGUAUACAAAGAACAAAAACUCUCCUGAAGACUUGUGAACGCACAGCAUGGGAAAGAGUAUAAUUUUUUUUUUUUUUUUUUUUUUUCACUGAAACUGCUCAAACUGUGAGGAUCAUGAUACGAAAUAUAAAAUAACAGAUCAUUUGAGUUGCGUAAUUUUUAUAUAUUAUGUCAGAGAGAAGCCCGUUGUCCCAUAUUUCACAACAUUAUAUACAUAGAAACAUAGAAAAUACUAGUUAAAACUCAGAUCAAAGCGAUGAUGCAUCCAAACCCCCAUUGUGUUGAACAUCACAGUAUCAUUAAUGGGAUUUUUCUAAAUUAAUUUACUUUUUAAGAUUUCUUUUUACAAGCUGUUUUUUUAAGUUUUCCCUCUAAUUCACCAUCAUUCACUAUUCUGGUUUUCUUUUGCUCUACACGUCAGUAAAUAUGUUUUAUAUUAAAAUGGAAAAAUUUGUUCAUGAGCUACACUCCUCAAAGUCUCAGUGACGACGUUUACAUGCCCGAAAUAUUCUGUUUGUUGCCCUUACUAACAGAAAAGAUAUCAUUUACAUGGCUAAUAGGAAGAAAUAUUUAAUAAUGUACAUGCUCACAUCCAGCUACUUUUAAAGGUUUCCACUGAUGAUGUAAUUUCUUCAAUCACCUUGAAAAAUUCAGUGUUGCAAUAUCAGAUCAUAUUGUGUGGUGAGGGCCUCGGCUCCAAAAUGAAGCUAAUGUAUAGGUUUCAUAACAUGUAAUACCACUGACAGCCACUAGAGGCUCCCCCAAGAUACCCUGACUUCAAUAGACUUACAUUUAACGUCUCUCUUAAAACAAUAUUUUUUUUCCCAUGACUCAUUCCAGUCUCAUUAGUUUUAUUUACUUCUAAUAACUGACUUGGUCCAUUUAUAAAUUAUUUUUCCAUUAAAUAAAUCUCAUGUCUAAUAGUAGCAGCCAAGUCAGAUUUUCAGAGUUUCUGUUUAGUUUAUUUAAUAAUAUUCACUUUUCUUUACAUGCCACUAGUUAUAUGGUUCCACUAACACGACUGUAAAUCACUUUGUUACUCGGUAUUUGAGGAUGUUUACUGUUUUACUCACUCAGUAAGCUAGCAUUUAGCAUUAGCUCACCCCUAGCCCCUUGUACUCCUGCUGCUCCACCCUUUUUGUCCAAAUAUGGUCACUUCUGGCUCCAAAAAUCCAAUAUGGAAACAGCCAAAACACAAACUCCUGGCUUCAAAAUGGUAGUUCAGAAAUAUACAGAGCCUUAGAACGUAUGUUUUUUUUAGGGCACCCAUUUCCAUAUGACUUUUUUUUUUUUUCUAUAACCCAAAUAACAUAAACGGGUUACAAACUCCCAACUGAGACACUUAUUCUAAUAGUAUGGACACAAUAAAACCACAAAAGAUUAUACUUUUUUUUUAAUAUCUUGGGGAACCACAUUAUAUUGACUGAACUAUAUUUGAAGUUAUAAAUUAUCUUUCUUCCAUGGUGUUAUUACUUUGUGCACAUAAAAACAAACUAGAAAAGCACUCGGAGAGCGCAGAUCAGUGCCCCCCCUUCCCCAAUCACCACCAAAAUUUAAUCAUUUGUUCCUUUUGCCAGUAUAAACAUUUCCUGAAAUUUUCAUCCAAAUCCGCCCGUAACUUUUUGAGUUAUCUUGCACACGGACAGACAAACCAAUGCUGAAAAGAACACUUGGAAGAACUUGGAAGAUGAAGACACUAUAGACACAGAGUAGGGAUUGUUUGUAUUAAAAAAAACAAAAAAAAAAGCCCAAUUGGAUCUACCUCUAUACAGAUUUUUACAAGCCUUUACUACUGGAGAACUUGGCUCCUUUAUUGCAUAUAUCAAGCAUUUCAACUGGAAUUUCUGAGUUUGAGGGAAAAUUAGAUCUAAAAAUGUAAAAACUAUGCACAUAAUUACCUUUUUUGUUUCAGAUUUACUGACUGAUUGCUUCGACUUACGGUCAAAGACACAGUAUUCAACUGUAUCAAGUGUUUUUCAUGGUACAAUAUUGUUCGAUUAAUUUUUUUCCUACUCCAAAUUAUGUAUAUUAUAAUAACCACUAAAAUCCACCCCUGGUUGACUUCUAACACUGUAAACAUGUCCAAAAAAUCCCCCAUAAGCUGGAAGAAUAUCCAUAUAUCCCACAUUUUAACUCAGAAUAUCCACAUACACAGCAAAUUUAGUAAAGUAGAAUAUUAAUGUGCAUGUAAACAUAGUGAACAUCAACCACCAUCACAGCCACAUAUUACACUACAUAUAGAAGACGAUCCUUUUACAUUGAAGCUGAAUUAAGUUAUUUUAUGAUUUAUUUCUUGACUGAAUGUUCAGAUGUGUAAAACCAGAGAAAACUCGCUAACAGGUCAUUUUAACAGAAGCUUGAAGCCAAAUACGCAACAUAUUUUCACAAAUAACUCGCACUUUUCAAGACGAUGUGUCGACAUAUCUGGUUGUAAAUAUUUAGAGACAAAUCUACAGGUUUUGAACUGAAUAGAAAUGAAACAAUAGUGACAUAAAGGUCUGUGUAUGGGUCACAUGGGCUUAAUCCAGUGCAUUAACAUGUUAUUUAAGUACAGAUAAUUUUGUCUGAAAUGAAGGAAGAACACAGGAUUUAUUCGAUAGAUAAAGACAAACCUGAAAUACUGCAGAGUUUUUGAGCUUUAGUACGUGUUUGUUCCAAGUAAAAUGGAUUAUAAUGAAGUAAAAAAUGAAAUCCUGGGUGAUAAUACACUGAAUUAAGGCCACUUUAAGAUGCUGUUUGCUCUUUAUUUAUAUACUGGUCUGUGAUGAUAGACUUGUACAAUGUAAAAUAAAACAGCGUGAUCAUGUACAGAGAUUCACAUCGUUGUUGCAGGUGAUUUUGUCCUUUUUUGUCCAUGUGUUGGAGAAAAUAAAAUCUUUUAUAUCUGUA